AUGGGGAAACUCGACGAUCUGACGAAAGAAUUUCACGGCGAAGUAGCGGAUCUGCGAAAUCAGGUGAAGGAGCAUCACACGGAAUUCACCAGACGAAUGGAUUCAGUAGAUCAGAACAUAUCAGAGCUCAAUGCGAACAUGUCGCGUAUAUCGGAGACAUUAGCUCAGCUGGUGGCGCAACAACGAUUGGAUCCAGUAACUCGGGAGGAUUUCGCGUCACCGUCGAGCGGAGUUCGUGAGGUACGAAAUUCAUUUCCGGCUGAAGCUGGAGGAAAUAGAAAUGUAGGUUAUCGGGGAAUCAACAAUGUCUUAGAGAAUAGAAACAAUAUGUUGAAGGAAGUGGAAUUACCUCAAUUUUGCGGAUCGCAUCCGUAUACUUGGAUCAAUCAAGUGGAGAGGUUUUUCCGCCUGGGGAAUUACAAUGACGCAGAACGUAUGGAGGUGUUGUUUAUCACUUUGCAAGGCCCGGCUCUACAUUGGUUCAACAAAGAGAUGAGUCGAGAUCCGUUUCGUGAUUGGGUUCAGUUCAAGAAGAGAUUGAUAGCAAUGUUUAAUCAGAAAAUGGAAGACAAUCCACAAAUGAGGUUGUUUGCGCUGAAGCAGAAAGGUCCUGUAACUGAGUAUGUAAAUGAAUUUGAAGAACUCACAACGAUUGUUACGGGAGCCGAAGAAGAGAAUUUGGACCACGUCUUUUAUUUGGGAUUGAAACCUGAGAUGCAAGAAGUUGUUAAAAUGCAGAAACCAAGGGGGUUAUCAGCAUUGUUCAGCAUGGUGAUAUCAAUGGAGGAUAGCAUCUUUUGUAAAUUCAUGGCGGAAGUUGCAAAUCCCUUCAGAAGGAGUGGGUUAUCUUUUCCUUUGCGUUCGGCUUCACAAUAUAACUCUCAAAGGAAUUGGAGCACUAGCUCAAGCACAGAUAGCCCCAAACCAUCAAUACAGAACAACGAACCAUCUGAAGCGAGCAAGACUCAGAGUCAGAAUGCAAAGCCACCGUGGAAGAAUAAUGGAGGAAGGAAUUACAGUGGGAUGCUGAAAUUGAGUCCGGCAGAGAUAGCUGAGAAGCGAAGGUUGGGACUGUAUUACAAAUGCCCAGAGAAGUGGUCCCGGGAACAUCAAAACACUUGUCACAACAUAAUGCUACAAGUGUUUACUGUGGUAAAUGAAGAGGAGGUUGAGAUUGUAGAAGAGGAUUGGAAUGAAGGAUUGGAAAAUGAGAUGGAGGUUGUUAAGCCAGGGUCAAUACAACUAUCACUUUUUUCAUUCCUUGGAGUAGACUCUCCGGGUGUGACGAAACUUUGGGGAACGAUCGGAAAGACUAAAGUGGUAGUGAUGAUUGACAGUGGUGCCAAGCACAAUUUCAUCUACCCUUCUGUUCUAAGCAAAACACAUCUCACACCUGCUAAGAACAGAACGUUUGAAAUUUUGUUGGGCACAGGAAUAACAGUCAAUGGUUCGGGAGUGUGUAAGGAUGUGUCAUUGGAGUUGCAGAAUCACGAGUUCACGGCUGAUUUCUUCGUGCUGGAGUUAGGCAACACAGAGAUAAUCUUGGAAGUUCAAUGGUUGAGGACGCUAGGAAAGUGUGAAUGUGAUUGGGAGGAUCAUGAGAUGUCAUUCAAUUACAAAGGCGAGAAGAUCACAUUGUUUGGCGACCCUGAACUUCAAUCUUCCGGGAAAUCCUUGAAGCAGAUGCAAGAGACGAAAUGGGUGGAGUAUGCAGAGUUGGACGUGGAGUUGUAUGUAGUGAGUAAGAAGGAAGAAAGUAUUGUGGUUCCAGAACAGAUACAACUCGUAUUGGACGAUUUUGCUGAAGUGUUUGCUGAACCUACGAAGCUGCCACCAGUACGUGGGAGAGAGCAUGCAAUCAAUCAGGUAGCCGGUUCUGGACCGAUUAGCGUGAGGCCAUAUCGCUAUCCACAUGCUUACAAGGAGGAAAUGGAAAAACUGGUGAGUGAGAUGUUGAAAGCGGGAACUAUCAGGCCAAGCAAAAGUCCUUUUUCAAGUCCCGUACUCUUAGUGAAGAAGAAAGAUGGAAGCUGGCGUUUUUGCAUUGAUUACAGGGCACUGAAUAAAGUGACAGUUGCAGACAAGUUCCCAAUUCCGGUGAUAGACCAACUGCUUGAUGAACUUCAUGGAGCCAAAUAUUUCUCGAAGCUAGACUUGAGAGCUGGUUAUCACCAAAUUCGAAAGCAGGAGAGUGAUGUGAAGAAGACUGCAUUUCGAACAACGAACGGUCAUUAUGAGUUUCUGGUAAUGCCAUUCGGGUUAACAAACGCACCAGCAACGUUUUAA